CGGCCGCCGCCGCCGCCGCCGGUAUGCCGCUCCAGCCGCGCCUGCUCCGCACCUACUCGCGGCGGGGCGGGCACCUCCGCCCGCUGCCGCCGCCGGACCGAUGGAUUUCGCCCCCUCAAGACCGCAAACGGUUCUUCAGUUCGACCUCGGCCGGCUCCAGCGCCGCCUCGGCCGGCUCCAGCGCCGCCUCCGCCAGCUCCAGCGCCCUCUCCGCCCCUUCGGACGACCCCGACUUCUCGCCGCCGGGUAAACGCUGCCGACAGCCUCUGGGUAAGCGCCCCGCCCGUCCCUGGCGCCUGCGGACCCGCCGCGGCGACGUGGAGAAGGAAAACCGUCUGCUGGAGCCGCCGCCGGUCCUCGCCUCCCCGUCCCCGUCGCCGCCGCCGUCCCCGUCGCCGCCCCCGCGCGGCGCCGCUCCCCUCCGCCGCCGCCAGGGGGCGCCCUGCGGGGCGCGGCGCCCCCUGCUGUGCAGCACCCCCCAGUGGCCGCCCCCGCGCCGCCGCCGCCGCCGCCGCCGGGCCCCGCCGAGCGAGCUGAGCUCCCUCGUCCUCUUCAGCACCACCGUGGAGAGCGGCUCCGGGCUGGACGGUAGCCUGGAGCUCCGCUCCUUACCGCCCAGGCAGAGGACUGCCUCGCCCCGCAGGGCCCUGAGCUCGUUGGAGUCCUGUCGGGGAGAUUCGGAGCAGCUCCCGUUAUCGCCGGGGGUCGACGGCGUGAGGGAAGAGGGGGCUGGAAGGUCCCGUCCAAACGGCACGGGCGGGCGGCGGGAGCAGGGCCCGGCGUCGCAGAAGUGCGGCAGGGUUCUGAGGGCGUCGGUGCGGGGACCCUGCCGGGCACCAGCUCCCUUGUCCCCGCAGGAAGCCACCAGCACUCCUGAGGCGGCGCUGCCCGCCGCUGAUGGUGGGCCGCAGCGCUCUGCGCCGUACGGGGGUGCCGAUUCUGACAAAUCGUGUGAUGAGCUAAGGAGACGUUCACCAAAAGGAAGCUUGAGUUGUCAGAGAGGCACACCCGAGAAGUACCAGCUUACGCCAGUGGUGGUCUUGGACCCUCAAGAAGUGCCAGUGUGGCUGAUGAGCAUGAAACUCAACGAAAAGGCAGGUAUUCAACCUGCCUGCCAGCAGCCGGUAUCUCCUUUGGGCCUUCAAGGAAUCUUGGAGAAUACACAUAAAAGUACCAAAGCUGUUUCUGGAGAGGGAAGUACCUGUAGAAAAGCUUGCAUCAGCGGCUUCAGUGCCAGCCGGUGGGGGAGGCAAACAAGGCUCCGACCAAAAAGGCACAAAACUAAGAGACAGCAGCAGCCUAACAACUCCUUUUUCAGACCACAGAGGAAGCAAAAAGGAAUGAAGAAGGGUGUUCUGGAGAUGUCUGUAGACAAAAGAGACAAUGACUAUUCAUUCCUCAAUGGCUCCCAUUCCUGGGGUAGAGUUCGAGCAUCUUUGUCUUUCCAUAAGAAGAAGAAAGUUACCACGGAAGAGAGUUCCUGCAACAGCAUCCUUUCUACCCCUUCUGUGAAAUCCCAGUUGUCAGGGCACCAAGGAACCCUGUCUGCUGGUAGGACUCAGUGCUGCACUUGGUCUGCUUCCUCCAUGGUCCUGCUGGCUCCCAGGAGUUCCUGUUCUGUCCUGGAGCUAAUGCUUACAGAUGCAGAGAAGGUGUUUGGGGAAUGCCACCAGGAGGGGCCUAUCGCUUUUCAGGAUUGCAUUCCUUUAGAUAAGAUGAAAGAUUGCAAGAAAAUUGGAGAAGGGGUGUUCGGAGAGGUCUUCCAGAUUGACAGUGAGAGAGGAGCUGUGGCCUUAAAAAUAAUUCCCAUUGAGGGGACUGAAAAAGUAAAUGGUGAAUCUCAAAAGAGCUUUGGAGAAAUUCUGCCUGAGAUAAUAAUUUCAAAAGAACUCAGUCUUCUGUCUGAAGAGUCUAGGAAUAGGACUAUUGGGUUCAUCAGCUUGUACUCUGUGCACUGUGUUCAAGGGGCCUAUCCUAAGUAUCUCCUAGAAGCCUGGGACAAAUACCACAAAGUAAGGGGAUCAGAAAAUGAUCGGCCAGACCUUUUUGGGGACAAGCAGCUCUUCAUCGUUCUGGAGUUUGAAUUUGGAGGCAGUGACUUGGAGAAUAUGAGAAACAUGUUCAGUUCAGUGGCAUCGGCAAAAAGCAUUUUGCACCAGGUCACUGCUUCCCUGGCUGUGGCAGAACAGGAACUGCACUUUGAGCACAGAGACUUGCACUGGGGGAAUGUGCUGGUAAAGAAAACGGAUGCAAAGGAGCUUAAUUAUGUCUUGAAUGGGGCAACGCACACAAUCCCCACAGCGGGGAUUCAUGUCAACAUCAUAGAUUAUACCUUGUCUCGGCUGGAGAAGGAUGGGUUAACUGUGUUUUGUGAUCUUUCCACUGAUGAAGAACUGUUUCAAGGCACAGGGGACUACCAGUUUGAUAUCUACAGGCAAAUGAAAGCGGAGAACUCAAACAGCUGGACUGACUAUCACCCACACAGCAACGUCCUCUGGCUGCACUACUUGUCAUGCAAACUUUUGAAAGACAUGGGCUACAAGAAAAAGGAAUCGACUUCUGCCAUGAGGAAAAUAAAGAAGCAGCUCGUUAAGUUCCGCAAAGAAGUACUGACCUUUGAGUCUGCCAAUGAAGUUUUACAAAACAGCAGCCUCUUCCAGUAGGCAGUGCAGUGCAGUGUUUCCAAGGACUAAGUCACUGAUACUACCUUUCUCCUUUGCCGCUUUUUAUGUAUGAUCUUUUUAAAUGUUGGCACAAUGAAGAAGUGUUAUGAGCGGUUACCAAUGUGUAUAAUACUAUAUCAAAACGAUCUAAAAAACCUGAAAAAAAAGUCUUCUGCUUGAAGAGGUUUCCAUAUGUACUUUUUUUAAGGAGUGAUGGGGGGAAGAGAACAGAGUUUAUGUUUGAGAAGGGGGGGGAAAGGUUUUUACAGGCUCAAUUAAUAUUUUGAAUUCCACAGAAAUUUUCUUACCUUUUUAGUCUUAGAUUAUUAAAAGUUUUUUCCUUACUAUGUUGUCUUUCUUACAAAUUCUUUUUUUAAAGAAAAAAGAAACAAUAUACAAUUCUGGACAGUGAUGACAAAGGUAAAUAUUGUUGGCCUAGUUUGGGACAGAGAGGGGGAAAAACCCACCUUUUGACUUGGUUUUAAAACUGAAUUUUUGUUCAGUUUGGCAAAAUUUGUACCUGGAAUGAUGCUACAAAAUGUAAAGUUUCUGUAAUGUAGGUUUUGAAAACACUCCAAUCUGCAAUAAUGUGGGGUUUUUUUCCUCUCUUAAGGACCAGUGAAGAGGUAUUUGAUCAUGAAAAAAAGUAAGAAAAAGUACCUGUGU